AUGUACAUACGGGAAGGCAUCUGUGAAAACAUUUCUAACUGCAGUUCGUGUAUUGGUAAUGACACACAUGUAGCAGGCUGCAAGUGGAUCAGAUGUGAAAGGAGUCAAAUGUGUGUAAAUGAAACAGAAGUAGAAUCAAAGUACCACAACUGUACAGCUGAAGAACAGUGUUCUUCUCCUACAGUUGUUCCUCUUCACAAUACUACUUCGUCGUCUUCCAAUACUACUACACCACCUUCCAAUGCUACCACAGCAUCUUCCAAUACUACCACAGCCAGUUCUGCUACCACAGCUCAUACUGCUAUAGCUAACGUCACCAAUGCAACUACACAUGCUCCUCUGCCUACAACUGCCAGGACUUCAGCCACCACAACACCCAGUAUUCCAGGUACAAAUGCUACUGUGACUCCUGCACCUUCUCCACGCAAAUCUACGUUUGAUGCUGCGAGUUUCAUAGGUGGAAUUGUCCUUGUUCUGGGUGUGCAGGCUGUUGUUUUCUUUCUGUACAAAUUCUGCAAGUCGAAAGAUCGAAACUAUCACACACUUUAGGACCUGCCACUUUAUAAUGGACUAGUAGCCCAACACCUGUAGUUCACUGAACCAAAAUAUUUUCUGUUGCUCAUGGAAGACAGCAGUUCAUAAUAUCCUUUAAAUCUCUAAAAGAAGACUUUAAAAGAAUAUUUUUGCAACAUUAUACUUGGCGAGAGGUGAUAUGAAUCUCUUCAACAGGAUUACUUGCAAUAUGCUGCAUGGGUUCAAAUGGCUGUCUUAUUUUCCUUUAGUGGCUGCUGCUGUGGGACUUUUUUUUGAUAUGCCAAAUGUAGACAUUCAGAGAUUCUUAUUCCGUGGCAACACUGUCUUGAGUAGACAAUCUUACGAUGACUUAUUGUGAAGGCUAAUUUAAUCAACAUUUGAUACAGUAUCCCUUCAGUUUUAUCAAGAUGUGAAUUAUUGGUGACCGACUUCAGGGAGUGA